UAUUCCGAGGUAAAGCACGUUUGUGAACACCUGAGCAGGAAGCUUGCCACGUCGACAAUGUGCUAUAAGUAAUGUACUUAUUGUUGACCGAAGAGAUAACACAAGGACCAGCGAAGAUGAUGAACGUUCGAGCCUAGAGUACAAAGCUCGGCAAGAUUUGACUCGAUCGUAUCCAGAGCGCCCAUAAACUUUCAGCUCCUCUCAAGCUUCAUUUCAGCUUUCCUCCUGCCUCCACCUCAUCCGACUUACAAUGCCUUCUACUGCACACGCAAAUGCUACUUGGAGGUUCGCCGUUCCAGACCAAAAUAUGUUCCAAAAUCACGAAAAUGAUGUGACUCCAGUCCCAGAGGAUGAUGAAAAAAUCCAGGUCUACAUCCAAGAUCGUCGAGUCAUCGGUGUACGUUCAAUGAUUUUUCCUUCUUCCCUCCAUCAUGUGCCUCUGGGUCCUUGUCAAUGCUACAAUUGUCUGUCCUUACCCUCGCUAACAUCUUUUGUCCCGCAGUAUGACCCCCUUGUCCAACCUGCUCUGCUUCGGCAUGAAAUUAGGUCGUCACCGGAAUCUCAACGCACUAUUGCUAGUGCACGUUUUUCCUCUGCACGUAUACUUGCCGGUCGUGACAAUCGAGUACUUGUCAUCGUCGGUCCAUGCUCAAUACACUCUCCUGAACAAGCGGUCGAGUAUGCCAAGUUGUUGAAGGCAAAAAUUCCUAGUUGGAAUAACCUGCUCAUCAUCAUGCGAGCUUAUUUCGAAAAACCCCGUACGACAGUGGGCUGGAAAGGUCUCAUCAAUGACCCCGACAUCGACGGUUCCUUCCAUAUUAACAAAGGUCUCCGGAUUGCACGCCAGCUCCUCUGUGACCUCAACCACCUCGGCGUGCCUGUCGGUUCCGAACUCCUUGAUACCAUCAGCCCUCAGUACAUUGCAGACCUUAUUAGCUGGGGAGCGAUUGGUGCACGGACGACAGAGAGCCAAUUGCACAGAGAGCUUGCCAGUGGUGUCUCUUUCCCUAUCGGGUUCAAAAACGGUACAGACGGUAGCGUAACAGUCGCGAUCGAUGCCAUGCGGUCCGCCUCGAAUCCACACGCCUUCAUGGGUGUCACUGAACAAGGUCUCGCCGCGAUCGUCAAGACGCGUGGAAACCAAGACGUGCAUGUUAUCCUCCGAGGAGGUACAAGUGGGACGAACUACGAUGAGGAGAGCGUAAAGAAAGCCGCAGAACAGAUGGGAAAAGCUCGUCCAGGCUCCUGGCCUAGUCUCAUGAUUGAUUGCAGUCACGGGAACUCACAAAAGAACCAUCUAAAUCAAUCGAAGGUGGUCUCCUCGAUCUGCAGUCAACUACGUGCCGGAAAUAGGAAUAUUACCGGCGUUAUGAUCGAAUCCCACAUCAAGGCAGGUCGUCAAGACGUCCCGGCUGAAGGUCCUCAGGGUCUCGAGUACGGCGUGAGUAUCACGGAUGCCUGUGUCGAUUGGGAAACGACGGUGAAGAUGCUCGAUGAACUUAACGAAGCUGCCGGUGCACGGAAGCACGCUUUGAUCGAGGCUGGCUUGAGGAAGCCAGCUGCUUUCCAACGCGUCCAGGAGCCCUAAAAUCACUGUCCCAUCUCCUACAUCUCUUGAUUCAACUCAAAACUACCAUUGUAUUACUCCACUCUUUGCUGUAUCUGCAUCCAUUGUAUACUUCCACAUUCAUAUCGCCACUCACCACAGCAGCCACACCCUUGCCUUGUUUUGUAUUCUUUAAAACGAGUGGAUACAUCUCACCAUCCUAGCGAAGAAUAGCAUAUAGUGGUUUGUUACCUUUCUUCAUGUUAGAUCGCAUAUCUCUGACUCGCUAGGACCCGACGUCGUCGAUAUCCUCAUGAACUCAGUAUUUUCUUCAGGCCCCUAAGGGACUCACAGUAGGACAGGGUUGUUGAAUCCGAAACCACCAUCGAUGAAUUCGUUUGCACCGACCUUCAUCCGGCUGAAAUAAGUGGGCGCGGCAGAUGUAGCUCUGGCCACUUCCCAGAUUCGAUAAUGAGAAUAGUCGUAAGGAACGUCCUCUGGCUUCUGAUAAGUGCGUAUGUGGAUGACGGAUGUAACGUCAGAAGCGUCACACGUCGCUACGAAUCUGACAUACGAUAGAGCCGUUCAUAAUGAUAAUAAUGUUGCAAAUUAAACGGAAUCACUCGCACUGCACGGAUUGUUCGGAUCUGACAUUCUGACAUCUUCGUCUUCAAGCUUCUUUUUCACUACCCUUUCACCACAUCUCUUAUCGCACUCUCCAGUUGUCGAUGACUGAAUCUUGCACCAGUAGUGUAUGCAGUGAUACCUCGUUUCCAAGCGAGUUUAUUGAAUACUUUCAUAGCCAAGUUCUUGUAGACUUCGAUACAAGUUCCUACUACAUUAUACGGUGAAUAUAUUCGACGUAAAGAAAAUAUACACCGACC